AUGCAGUCUGUACAUUCUUGAACUGAUGAAAUUCAUCACAAAUUUCAUCAAGAACAUCCUUCUGAUUGGAUUGUCAUGUGUCCUUGCAAACAAGAAAAGAUGUGUAGAUGUGUGUCUACAAGCACAUGAGGGCAAUUUCCAGCAUUUGUUAUAACUUAAUGGUUAUCUGAUCGCAAGAGACGGGCACUGCAGAAGAAGAAUGUUGAUAUACGAAGAAGGAUUGAACUCAUCCAGGACUUUGAAAUGCCUGGUUUAAGCACAACUGUCAGGGUUUCUCCAGAUGGCAACUUUAUUCUGGCAACUGGAAUCUACAAGCCCAGAGUGCGGUGUUAUGAUGUUAAUAACUUGUCUAUGAAGUUUGAAAGAUGUUUUGAUUCAGAAGUUGUAACUUUUGAAAUACUGUCAGAAGACUACAGUAAGGUGGUUUUCUUACACUCUGAUCGCUAUGUAGAGUUCCAUGCAGCUCAUGGGCGGUACUAUCGACUACGGAUACCAAGAUUUGGGCGUGAUCUGAAGUAUCAUUCUGGGACUUGUGACCUCUAUGUAGUGGGAACUGGGCCAGAGGUGUACAGACUGAACUUGGAGCAAGGCCAAUUUCUUAAUCCUCUGGUGACAGCUGCUUCAGAGGUGAACCGAUGUGCCAUAAAUCCAGUGCAUCAAUUGUUUGUUUGUGGAACACAGGAAGGUAAAGUGGAGGCAUGGGAUCCCCGCACCAGAGGUAGAGUUGGUACUCUGGACUGUGCCCUUAGCAUCACAGAUGCACAACUGGAAGUUUUCCCAUCAGUAACUGCACUCAAGUUCCAAGGAAGCCUGACACUUGGUGUUGGUACUGCAACAGGACAAGUGCUCUUAUAUGAUAUUAGAUCCAGUAGGCCUUUCCGAAUUAAGGACCAUAUGUAUGGAUUACCUGUCCAUGAUUUGGACUUCCAUGAAGCACAAGAUUUGGUUCUGUCAAUGGACAGUUCUGUCAUUAAAAUUUGGGAGAAACAGACAGGGAAAUUGUUUACAUCUAUUGAAGCUGCUGCAGACUUCAAUGGUCUCUGUCUGGUACCCAACACUGGAAUGAUUUUUGCUGCCAAUGAGGACCCAAAAAUACAGACAUAUUAUAUUCCUAGUUUGGGUCCAGCUCCACGGUGGUGCAGCUUUCUGGAUAGCCUGACAGAAGAACUGGAGGAGAAGCACAUGGAUAAUGUAUAUGAUGACUACAAGUUUGUGACAAGGAAAGAAUUGCAAGAUUUGAGUUUGGAUCAUCUGAUGGGAACAAACCUCCUGAGAGCCUACAUGCAUGGAUUCUUUGUCGAUAUACGACUCUACAAGAAGGCAAAAUCUGUAGCAGAACCAUUUGCAUUUGAAGAAUACAAAAGGAAGAAGAUCAGGGAAAGGAUUGAAGAAGAUAGGACAAACCGUGUGAAACUGAAGACUCUACCAAAAGUCAAUAAAGACUUGGCUUUGAAGCUGAUGGAUGAAGAGCUAAAGGAGAAGAAGAAGAAGAGGAACAAAAGUGGUACUAAUCUGUUGAAAGAUGAUCGAUUCAAGGCUCUGUUUGAGAACCCAGAUUUUGAAGUGGACAAAACUGCUGAAGAGUACAGGCUUUUGAACCCUGUUGUGUCUCAGCUUGACAAGAGUCGCAUGAAGGAUCUGAAGAAGAAAUUUAUGCACCAGCAAUUUGAUGAAGUGGAGGGUGGAUCUGAAAAUGAGGAAAGCCUCUCAGAUUCUGACUCCAGUUCAGAUGAUGACCAACAGUGGACUAAAGAAGUGAAACAUCAACAUCAUCUGCUGCGUCAAGAAAAGAUGGAGCGAUGGAAAGCAGAAGAGAAAGAAGAGGUUGUCUUACCCAGGUUCUUUGAAUUGAAGGAAGGAGAGGAAUUCAAAGGCCUGCAAGGGAACACAAAGAAGAAGCAAAACAAUUCCUCUCUGGGUGAACGUGUGCAACAGGAAGGAAGAGAUACUGUGCGAUUGCUGAGCUCAAUGGGGAACCGGGAAAUCACUUUUGCUGUGGGGAAGAAGCAGAGAAUUUUAAAGACACGCGAGCAGGGGAAGAAGCAUCAUGAGGAGAGGCGAAAAUUGCUUCGUCCAGCAAAGAAUCUUUCUGGCCUGCGAUCAAAACAAAAAUUUAUAUUUUGAUUACUGUAUAUUUUUGAAACAUGUAAAUAUAAAUAAAAAUUAGAUUUUAUACAAAUGUAAUUUAUCUGCAAGCAUUCUUUAAAAUCCUAAUGUCCUUCAGGUUUGUUCUGUCUUU